AACGACGUGUCCUAUUCGCACGCUGAGCCCGGUUAUUGCGCGUGUCGCAUUUCCCGCGGGAGUGUCUCGGCGAGAGAUCUUUCCCCGCGAUUCGGGAGCGCGGCGGCGGCGGCAACGACCUCGCGCGAACAGUGAAACGGCAAGGAGUGAAGUUUGCCGACAGUGCGAACGAGAGAACGCGUCGCGAGUGACGACAACGACUCUCCGCCGGAGGAACCGCCGACGGCGGUGCGGUGCCGGUUGAUGCCGAAACAGUCACGCGUCGUCGUCGCGGGAUCGUCGCGCGUGUGUGCCGCGUUGUUGUGUGCCCUGUGGUUUCGGUAAUUUCGCAGCAUGGAUGACCUCCGCGCUCGGACUGCACCCCGCGGGACGGAGCGACGCGAGACGUCGCGUCGCGCGGUUUGACGAUUCCCAGCGGCUCUCCUCCCCCUCCUCCCUCUCACCGAAAGCCCGGAGAUUCGGAUAUUCCGGAGCGGGAUCCCACUCGUAGCACACGUCUCACACGGACACGCACGGUGUGCACCGGCGUUCGCCAAAAGCUUGGAUCGCCGAGCGGCCGGAAAUGAUCGAUCCGAGUUCGACGACUUGGCGGCGGCGGCGGCUGACUUCUCGUCGUUGAAACGACGCUCGCUCGGGAGAAUAAGUAUUUAUAUAUAUCGCGCGGUCGCGGUGCCGAUGACCAAAGUGCGGGGUGUUGUGACAUGUCCACUGGUGGCGGCGUAGUACGACGGUGCGUGAACGCCGAUGUGUGGAAUUGACUGAUCGGUGCGACGACGAUGACGUCGACCAGAGGUGCUGCGAGCGGGAAAAUCAUGAUCGUGCUGGCGGUGUGCUUGCUGCUUCUUCGGGCUCAUCUGGUGGCGGGCUCCGAUCGUUUGGCCCUGUUGUCAGGCACCCUGAAGACCUAUCAACGCGCGGCUUGCGACGAGGAAACGAUGACGUUGAAAUGCCCGCCCGGUACAACUAUCCUUGUCGAGCACGCUCAAUAUGGAAGAACGGGAAUGUACGGCAUCACCAAAUGCAAUUCGUCCGUUCCUCCGAUGAUUGCAGGGGACAAACCGACGAAUCAUACAUGCAUCUGGCCACAAUCAGUGCAGCACUCACUGUUGCAGAUGGUGGUCGGAGUCUGUCAGAAAAAGCGGCAGUGCAAGUUCAACACUAACCCGAAGACUUUUCAAGGUGAUCCUUGUCCCGGAUUACGAAAGUACCUCGAGGUUGCGUACAAAUGCCGUCCCUACGAGUUCAGAAGUAAGGUGGCUUGCGAGAACGAAGUCAUCAAUCUCGUUUGUCAUCCCGGCCAGAGGGUGGCGAUUUUCAGUGCGUCCUUUGGUAGGACGCAGUACGAGUCCCUGCAGUGUCCGCAGCCGCUGGGCGUGCAAGAGGAAAAUUGUAUGAUGGACUUUGCAACGGAAACCGUAAUGCAAUUAUGCCACGGUAAACGACGAUGCUCGGUGGUGGCUAACAGCACAACGUUUGGCAGACCAGAUCCUUGCAGCCCGGACAGCAAAACGUAUCUCAAAGUCGUGUACACCUGCGUUCCGAGGUCGGUGUUGCGGGAGCAGUUCGAAGGUGAGGUCGAGGCGGACGAGCUGGCGUUGAUGCACGAGUUCGAGGAAGGAUUCGACAGGGCAGACUUCAGGGCCGAAUUCAGCCCCAGUCCAAAUCUCGAGGGACCGCAGCCUCCACCGCGGGACAACGUCUCUAGAAAUUUUCCGACCGUGAGCUCAUCUCCACCCCGCGCACGGACCAAUAAUGACGUGGACGCGCGGUUGAACAUGUUAAAGUCGCUCGGUAUCGGAGCGAAAGAUUUAUCCUUACCGCCUUUACCGCCCACGGUUAUCCAGGCGAGCGCAAUGGCGAGCGACAGCGGGUCUGGUAAUGCCGCAUCCACGAGCGCCAGCGCAUCCGGAAAUUGUACUACUGUUGUCUAUGCGUUUCCGGAGGAGGAUCACUUGGUGGUAGGAUACCUGAACGAGUGGAUCAAUGCCUACUCCUUCAUAACGAACAACCAAGAAAAGUUCUACCUCUACAUUAUUGUAUCGGUCAGCGCCGGUAUCCUGCUCUUUCUGGGGUUAGUUAUCGGCCGCCUAUUAGUCAGCCGGCAUCGCGCCAAGAGGGACGCGAAGUUCCACGCGAACAACGAGACCCUCCCGAAUGGAUUCACCGACGAUAUUUCCGAGAUCGACGCCGAUAUCGAUCUCACCACGCCGGUUGCAGUGCCAAUGCAGGACGCCAGGUUGCCCGAAACUCAGUUGGCCGAGCGGCUUCACGGCGAACGUUACUACGCCGACACGAGGAUACCUUUGUCGCCGACAAGCAUUCACGCCACGUCGGUAUCUCACGCAACCAAUACGGGGAUGCGCGUCGAUCUUGGGAACCAUAUGGUUGGUACGGAUAAUCUUCACACGAUUCUCCGCACGGAGAAUCCCCGGAACCUCAACAGCAAAAGCUAUUACUACGGCUGACAAGAAGAAGGGGUUGUCCCACGCGAGGGACGACCCCCAUCCUUGAGUCCGGUACCGGAAGUUAGCACGCGAAAAUAUUGCUUUUAAUUGUGUGAGAACGGAAAAAAAUACGGCAAGGCAGGCACUAAGUCGCACCAAGCCGCUGUAAAUUACGUUGAAGACGUUGAACAAAUUAUCAUUUGUUGCACCGAAUUUCGGUACAUAUUGUGACAGAUGUGCGAUCUCAGAUUUGUCGGUUGUCGAUGGCAAGCGACUGUUGUCGAUGAUUGCUAAAACAGACUGGACUUGUAUAUCUGUAAAACUCGUGUCGUCCAUUUCGAAGAUUUGCGAAAAAUCUCGAGUAGAAAUGUAUAAUCUCUAUCAUCAGCAAGGGUGGUGUGGGAGAGGAGUGAAUGAAACACACACACACACACACACACACACACACACACACACACACACACAGUUAACAUUUGCGUGUUGCAAUAUUGCUACGAGAACAAUGUCGAUCGAUUUGUAAAUGUGUACAAGAAUGCUUGAGGGAGGGGUUUCUUCGACUAGAACUGGAAUAGUUUUAAGGACCAAUGCAAGUAUUUUAUACUUUGCGUUGAAUUGUGCAUUUAAGCACGACAGAAAGACAAAAGUGACACAUCAGACGUGACAGUAUUUAGCAUUCAAUAUUGUCAUCACCGAAUACGCAAAUGGUAUCCAAAGUAGACAUGUGUAUCGCGAAUAAUAUUUAUUUCUUGGAUUAUUAAACUGUAAACUCGGUGGAUUUUGAGUUUUCGUCGUUUACUAGAUAGACAUAUCUUGCGGAAACUGUGUUAUCGACCUCACGUCGACACUCGCAAUCUACUCCAUUGUAUACCUUGUACUCACUGUAUACUCAACUGUAUACCCACGGAAGAAACUCACGAGGCGAGUUUUCCAUAGAGCAUAUCGAUAAUUUGUCGAUAACCUGCGUUCGCUGGUAACUGGAUUCCUAGGACACUUCUUAUUCAUAACUGGUUUGUAGCGGUCUGUGCUAUAUCGGUGAAAGAAAUUAACGGAUUCAACAUUAGUUUCGAGAACGUUGAUGACAAUGUGUAAAAAAGCAACUUGGAAAUGUUGAGUUGUUUAUGUGAGUAAAGUCUUGUAUAUAAUUUUCUCGGUAUCGGAAUCCUUAGGCAGACCAAUUUCUGUGAAAUCUUUCAAGGCAACCGUGUUAAAAGUCAGUAUAUCACCCAAAAUUUUCUCAAAAACCGAUCGCCUCUGUGUGCCAGUUGAAAAUUGUUGACUCCACCGCUGGAGGAGCAGCGGCUGUACGCGUGAGUGAUCACGCCCAUUCACUCUUAAGAAAAAAAUCUCUCAACGAACUUACAGCGGUUUUGUAUAUCGAAGCUGCCACAGUCGCUGCCAUAGUCGAGACGAUUUUUAUAGAAAAAUUAAUAUGUAUGUAUAUCAUAAUGUAAAUAGAAACAUGUUAUGUACAGAGAGUAAGUAAGCGAGAGAGAAAGAUGGGGGGACGCGCGUAACGAGACUUAAAUCGGAAAACGGUCAGAGAUUGUGACUGGAGGGCUGUCCUUCGUGCCAUAGAAUCGAUUUUGCAAUUGUGCGGGAAAGCGGGAGAGCGCGCGUCUGUCGAGCCAGCGAAAACUCUCCCUCGCGGGCGAUCGCGAGAAUUAGUACGUAAUAAGAGCUCGGAUUUUCCUUCUUCCAGAAGUGUGUAAACCGAGUGCACCUUCUUCUCGUCUCUCAUGAUGCGCAAUCUUGUUUGUCACAUGUUUUCUCAGCUGGAUAUUGAUCGCAAGGAUUGUACGUACACAGGAGCAAUGACAGGGUCGCGUUGCUGUUCGAUGAAAUCAGAACGUUACAAAGAAGUUGUCGUAUCUAAAGGUAAUCAGACAAGGUGAAGCUAAGAGUCCAUUGACCAAAUAAAA